CCAGCACCCAUCAGCAACUCCGAAAUCGCGACACCCCAUGGCCCGGCACUCGUAGAUCUCGCUGCCCCCAAACGCCCGUCACGCGCUCCCGCUCCUACCAUCCAUCCCCUGCGCUCUCAACCCCUCCCUCCUUCCCUCCCAUGGCGAAGGGCGGCGGCGGCGGGGAUCCCAUCCCGCUGUCGCGGUUCGGCGCGCUGGUGGCGCAGCUCGAGUCCGUGGUGGCGUCGGCCAGGCAGAAGCCCCCCGACGCGCUCCUCUGCUUCGACCUCCUCUCCGAGCUCUCCUCUGCCAUCGACGAGGCCCCCAAGGAGACCAUACAGCUUUGGCAAAGGAAAUGCGAGGAUGCUCUCCAAUCCUUGCUCGUCCUUGGGGCCCGCCGCCCUGUUCGGCGCCUGGCGUCAUCAGCGAUGGGGCGAAUCAUUGAGAAAGGUGAUGUGAUAUCGGUAUACUCAAGGGUGAGUACCCUACAGGGAUGGUUGGUAGAUGUGAAAAGAGCAGAGCCCAUGGCAUGUGCAGGUGCAGCACAAUGUCUGGGAGAAAUUUACCGGUUAUUCGGGCGCAAGAUUACUUCAGGUUUGAUCGAGACAUCAAGCAUUGUAGCCAAACUCAUGAAGUAUCAUGAGGAUUUCGUGAGACAAGAUGCACUUCUCUUGCUUGAGAAUGCAUUGGAUGGCUUUGGUGGUGGUGGUGGCGCUUCAGCUUAUCUGGAGGCUUUCCGAAUCAUCAUGCGAGGAGGUGUAAGUGAUAAAUCGUUCAUUGUCAGAGUAGCGGCAGCCCGAUGCUUGAAGGCAUUUGCUAAUAUCGGUGGGCCUGGGUUGGGGAUGGCUGAACUUGAUACUUCUAUGUUUUAUUGUGUCAAGGGCUUGGAAGAUGAUGUAUCGUCAGUUAGAGAUUCAUUUGCGGAAGCACUUGGUGCCAUACUUGCUCUUUCAGUAAACCCAGAUGCCCAGGUAAAGAAAGGAGGAAAAAAGCAAAGUGCUUCUGCAAAGAAAUUUGAAGAUGGCAUACAGAAGCAUUUAAUUUUGCCAUUUGUCAAAGCAAAUGGAGCUAACGGGAAGAAACUUCGGAUUGGUUUGGCUUUAUCGUGGGUGCUCUUUCUGCAGAUGAUUCAUAUGAAGUAUGGCACCCCAGAUAGUGAACUUCAAAACUACGCCAUACAAGCGAUGGAAAUUCUCCAAGGAUUUGAUUCUCCUGAUCCACAUGCACUGGCAUGUGUUUUAUAUGUUCUUCGAGUUGGUAUUGCGGAUCAGAUGACUGAGCCGACACAGCGUGAUUUUUUGGUAUUUCUGGGAAGAAAGUUGGAGUCUCCGAACUACACUGCUCCGAUGAGAGUGGCAACAUUACGUAUUCUGUCUUACCUCUUGAGAAGCUUGGGUGAGGUUCCGGCUGAAUUCAAGGAGGUUCUUGAUAACACAGUUGUCGCAGCAUUAUCUCAUUCUUCAGCUCACGUUCGUGUUGAGGCAGCUUUAACAUUGCGUGCUUUAGCAGAGGUUGACCCUACAUGUGUGGGUGGUUUAGUUUCAUAUGGUGUCACUACAUUGCAUGCUCUUAGAGAGACCGUAUCAUUUGAUAAGGGUAAAAAUUUGAACCUGGACCUCGAUUCACUACAUGGACAGGCUACGGUGUUAGCUGCUCUUGUUGCUAUCUCGCCAAAGUUGCUUCUUGGUUAUCCUGCAAGGCUGCCCAAAUCCGUACUCGAAUUGUCCAAAAAGAUGCUGAAUGUCUUCAGUCGAAAUCCAGUGGCUGCUACCACAGAGCGUGAAGCUGGGUGGUUGCUUUUAGGUUCUCUUUUAGCAUCCAUGCCGAAAGAGGAGCUGGAAGACCAGGUAUUUGAUGUUCUUUUGCUAUGGGCUGGUCCUUUUACUGGAAAUCCUGAAUCGUACCUUCGUCAUAUACAGGAUUGGGCUUCAGAGCUGAGGGUUCUAUCAGUUGCAGUCGAGGCGCUUACUGCCUUCAUAAGAAGUUUUGUUUAUCCAAUUAUCACAACUGCGGAUGGUGGAAUCUUGCUUAACCCUGUGCUGGCCUACCUUGGUGGAGCUCUAUCCCUUGUAUCUUCGUUGAGCUCUAAGCAAGUGCCAAAUGUCAAUUCUGCACUGAACCUAUUCACAACUAGAACAUUGAUGGCAUAUCGGUCCCUUUCCAAUCCAGCGGUAUAUAAAUCCGAGCACCAGCAGAUGCUUCAGCUAUGUUCAAGCCCGUUCAGUGAUCCUUCUGGAUGGGAAGAAAGCUCAUGCUUGAAGUUUUUGUUGGAUAAGAGAGAUGCUUCGCUGGGCCCGUGGGUACCUGGAAGGGAUUCAUUUGAGGAUGAACUACGAGCUUUUGAUGGUGGUGUCAAUGGAUUUCUACCAUGCGUGUGGGAUGAUGAAAUCUGCAACUUUCCUCAGCCAGAAUCAGUUAGCAAAGUGCUCGUCAAUCAGAUGCUUCUCUGUUAUGGUUCCAUCUUUGCAUGUCAGGACAACACUGUCAAGAUAAGACUCCUGAACAAUCUUGACCAGUGUCUCAAGUCUGGGAAGAAGCAUUCAUGGUUUACAUUUCUUGUUACAAAUGCAUGUGUUGCUCUAUUGUCAGGGUUAAAGGAAUUGCUCACUCUACGUGGUGCUCAAUCAUUGCCAAUAGAUAUAUUAAGUAUGAUCCAGUCCAUAUUCAAGGGCAUUUUAGCAGAGACUGAAAUUUCUACAGCACAGCGGCGAGCAGCAUGCGAGGGUCUCGGUUUAGUAGCACGAGUUGGGAAUGAUCUCUUCACUGGAAGGAUGGCUCGUUCUCUUCUUGGAGAGCUGAUAACAGCAACAGAUCUGAGCUAUACAGCAUCUGUUGCCCUUUCACUGGGCUGCAUCCAUCGAAGUGCUGGAGGAAUGGCUUUAUCUACUCUGGUUACCCCAACUGUGAGCUCGCUAUCUCAUUUGAGUAAAAGUGCUAAUUCCAAUCUGCAGUUGUGGUCUUUGCAUGCUCUUCUUUUAACCAUUGAAGCUGCUGGCUUGUCUUACGUCUCCCAAGUUCAGGGGACACUUUUCCUUGCUAUGGAGAUUCUUCUCUUGGAAGAAAAUGGAUACGUGGAUCUUAGACAGGGAAUUGGUCAUCUUAUCAAUGCAAUAGUAGCAGUUCUUGGUCCUGAGAUUGCUCCUGGUAGCACAUUCUUUUCACGCUGCAAGUCUGUCAUUGCAGAGAUAAGUUCCUCGAAUGAAAUGGCUACACUUUUAGAAUCCGUUAGAUUUGCUCAGCAGCUUGUUCUUUUUGCUCCUCAAGCUGUUCCUGUGCACUCCCAUGUUCAAGGUCUUGUCCCGACACUUUACUCAAGACAGCCGAGUCUUAGGUAUUUGGCAGUGUCGACUCUGCGUCAUCUGAUUGAAAGAGACCCGGCUGCAAUGAUCAAUGAAAACAUUGAGGAGAAUCUGUUCAGUAUGCUUGAUGAGGAAACAGAUUCUGAAAUAGUGAUGUUGGUUCGUACAACUAUUAUUCGCUUAUUGUAUACAUCGUGCCCACUACGUCCAUCUCGGUGGUUGGCAGUUUUGCGGAAUAUGGUUCUUGCUACAUCAAUUUCAAGGAACACAAAUGAAAGUCUGUCCAGUUCUGGACAUAAUCCACUUGAUAGUACAUCUGAGAAUGAUGUAUACUACGGAGAAGAUGAAGACAACAUGAUUUCCAGCUCAAAGCAGGAGAAAGUACACCAGUCUGCUUCUAUAGUCAGCCAAUUUCCUCAAAGAAAUAAGCACCUCAGAUACCGCACCAGGGUUUUUGCAGCAGAAUGUGUUAGCCAUGUACCAGUUGCAGUUGGAGCAGAACCAGCUCAUUUUGACCUCUUGUUGGCAAGGAGCACAAUAGCUAAAGGGACUUAUUUGUCAAAUGAUUGGCUAGUGCUUAAGCUGCAGGAGUUGGUCUCACUGUCAUAUCAGAUAAGUACUGGACAGUUUGAAGGGAUGCAACCGAUAGGUGUUAAGCUUUUAUGUUUGAUUAUGGACAAGUUUGGCAUGGCAGUGGAUCCUGAAUUUCCUGGGCAUAUCUUGUUGGAACAAUUUCAGGCCCAACUUGUUUCCGCUGUUAGAACAGCUAUAAGUACUGCUUCUGGUCCACUUCUUUUGGAGGCUGGACUUGAACUCGCUACAAGGGUUAUGACAAGCAGCAUAAUUGGCGGGGACAAAGUAGCUCUAAAUCGUUUGUUUUUGCUGAUAUCACGCCCACUAAGCGACAUAGAGGGCCUAUUUUAUCCAUCUUUUGCUGACUGGGUAGUGUGCAAGAUAAAAGUUCGCCUUCUUACUGCCCAUGCUGCAGUCAAGUGUUACACCUAUCAAUUCUUGAGGAUGAAGGAAAAUGCUCCUGAUGAAUAUCAGCAAUUAGCACCUUUACUAGCAAAUAGCUCAACUCUAUUAGGAAAAUAUUGGGUUGGAGCCCUCAAGGAUUAUAUUUCUAUAAGCUUUGGUUUGCACUCAAAAAUUAAUUACAAGCCAUUCCUUGAUGGGGUUCAGUCAUUAUUGGUCUCGUCAAAGGUGCUGAAGUAUCUUGAUGAAGUUUGGGCAUUAAUUCUUCAAGCAACAGCGCUUGAUGCUGCUCCUAUGGAGUUUGACAUGGAGUCUGAAGAUUUACUUGAACAGUCAUUUAUAUCUGGGCAUAGCAUGGUCAAACUGGAAAGGAUUGAAUUCCAGUUUCUUUGGGGACUAUCCGUCCUUGUGCUAUUUCAUGGACGCCAAUCAGUGAAGAAUAGUGCUUUAAAGAUCAAUCUUGACUAUAGUCAAGAUAAAAUGUUUGGGGAAUUUAUUGUUCAUGGACUAGAUGAUCCAAAACCAUGUGAUCAGGUCUUACCUGUGUUGUUAUCUCUCACAACAAAAGUCUUUUUCAGCAAGAAUUUCCUAUCAGUGGAUAUUUGCGAGGAACUCUUCCAGGCUCUUACAUAUGCUGAUUGCUCAAGUGCUCCUAUUGUACGUCUGUUCACGCAGAUUAUCAGAUUCUGCCCUGACAAUUUUUUUGAGGUGGAAGCCUUUGUCUUUUCUGCAUUAGAGCUCUACUCUCAGUAUCUCGCCAUGAUCCUUCAAUGCAGGGAUGGAAGUUCUCAGAAAUGUUCUAGUAAUACUUUGAUUUCUGAAUUGUCUGUUGCAAGUGAGUCUAUGGCUUGUCGAAUGAAAAAAGAGCAGCAUUUGUGGAAGCUGAUGAUGUUAUUGGUAUCCACAUCACACCAAUCAUUUCAACAAGUGUCAUCUAAUUUAUGCCUGUCAAAUAUCAUCUGCUUCCUCCAAAAUAUCUUGCCUUUCAUGAGGAAAUGCUUUAGAGGAACAGCUGAAUCAGAUGGUGAGGGCACCAAUCCCAAAGUUGUCUUAGAAGCUUUGGUUAGCUUAAUGGCAUACUUCUGUACAGAAUGUGAUAAAAGGAUCUCGUUGCUCGAAAACAAGAUUUCUGAUUCCUACAAGCUGUUGGCAAGGAUACUACUUUUCUGUUUGGGAGAAUCCACUGCUCUCGCCAAACUUCUUCAUGAGAUUGGUUAUCGAAGUGAAAAUGGAAGUAGUAAUGAUUUGCUCAUUUGGGGCAGCUUCAGGCAUUGCGUACAGGUUAUUCAGGUUUCACUUCAUAGCAACAAUAUACAGGUGCAAAUGUUGGGUAUACAUGUACUGAGAAGCUGUGCACAGAAAGAGCUAACUGAAGGUUCAGAAACAACGACACAUUCUUUUAUGAUGUUCCUUGGGGAAUUACUGGGAGAUGUGUUUUCGGUGAUCCAAACUACAUUGAAGGGAUGUUCAAACAAGGAAUCUGUCAGUAUUAUUGAUGAAUGUUUGAAACUACUUCUCCUCUUCCACACACUAGCACAAUCUAAGAAAUACCAGCAAGAUGCUACGACUCUUUUGCUGGAGGCCUUACUGAUGGUUUUCUUUCUGUCCAGUGAUACUGGCUCACAGGAACUUGCUGAAGUAAACAUCAUUUCCAAGAAGUUGUUCUCCCAUUUUAUCCAGAUUCCGUCUUCUGCUAUACAGAUGAAAGAUAUGAUGCUUUCUGCACCACCUAAAAAGAGAGAACAGCUUCAGGACAUGGUCCGAGCUUCAGUCAGUCAAGGCCAGACAACGGUGCCGGUGAAUAUGAGUGCACACUCAGAGCAGAGUGUCCAGGAUAGUAUCAGUAUACAACCUGGGGCCGUUGCCGAAGUUUCUCAUGCUGAUGCAUCUCAAGAGAAGGAUGAACAAGAAGUUAAUGAUGAUGACUGGGAUGACGACUGGGAUACUUUCCAAUCUCUUCCAGCAACUGUUGCCAAUGAUGAUGUUGAUUCUGCUACAAUUGUUUCACCUGUGUCUGGAGAGAUCUCUCCUGCAAGUAGUCAUCAUGAACAGAUUCCUCAGGAAAACACUACUCAGGAUAGUAGUGAUGUGGACAUUGCAGCUGAUGCUAUGGAAGGCAGAACUUGUGUUGAUAAGGAACUCGAGGAACGCUCUGAUUUGCAAUGCUCAAGUACUGAACAACAGGCCAAAUGUGACUUCCCAGGGUUAUCCCAUGAAGAUAGCGACAAACCAGCAAGAUAUCAAACAGUUGAUUGCACAGAGCCAUUGGCUCAUAUUGAGAUGCCAGAUGAACUGCAGCAGGUUCAUGACCACCAAUUCGGUACUAAAGAAAUAAAGAGUAACGACCCUGACUUACCAAAUGAAGGCACUGAUCUAGCAAGUGAAGCGAACAAAGGUGUUUCUGUAGAAAUUCAAGGGAUUGAGGGAGAUGUCCUUGAUGAAAAUAUUGCUUCUAGAGAUGAUUCCAUAAGCGGUUCAAAUAAUCUGUCAGAUAUUACGGAGGAUGAGGCCAACAAAGGCAACAACAGCAGCAGCAGCCUUUGUCCCAAGCAAGUUGGGGGUAGGCAUCAAUAAUAUAUUGAGGGUUGACGACAAGUUCUCUAAGGUUGACAACAAGGAUUGCAGAGAAGUGUUGUCAGGUUGCUCUCAUGAUGCUAACAUAACAGAUGUUAGCAUGUCAUGAAAUUUGAUCAGCAAGAGUGAAGGAAAUGAGCAUCCUGUGGAUGUCGACACCAACCCAGAAUCGUCUGAGGAUGGAAUGUCAGAUUCUAGGUCAUAAUUGAGAUGAACUUACUUGCAACCAACCUAGAUCCUUUGAGAAAUUGUAAAGGAAAUUGCGUAUUAGAAUUCAGGAAAUAAACAUAAAGAAAGCUCCUUGUAUAUGGACCUCAUUGCUUGAACUCAAGUGAUACUGUUGAAAUAUGAGUGCGCACAUUUGCAGUCCGAAAGAACCGUUUGCACUGUGAUGUGAGGCAAGCAGCAUAAGCAGCCAUGCUCCAUGGUGCAGAUUUUAUUUGUAUUGGCAGCAAUGAAGAGCUAGUUGCAGUGUAAUUUUGUUUCCCGGUACAUUAAGAUGGACUUCUAGACUUGCCACACAGACUAUACACUUGUAACUACUGUUUGAUCUCAUCUUUGUGUUGGGUUGCAUGUUGUACAAAUUCAGAACAAAACAUUCUUUGGAUACUCGAGACACUAGAGACGGUUUGUACAUCUGUAUGUAAUGUCUUAUCUCUUGUUUGUGUUGGGUACGAAUGAUUGAUCUCAUGUUUGUAUUGGAUGCAUGAUGCUGACUAAUUUCAUGUUUGUGUUGUGAAACAUGUAGAUCAAAACAUUCUUUA